AAGAAUGUCGGCAGUUGAACAACAUAUUCCCAACGACCAAUUCCUGCAAAAGCUGACGGCAUUUUAUAGAGAUUCAAAGAUUCGAGGACCAAAAAGUGUAUAUGUUACAAUGAAGCCAUAUGACGGUCGAACCAAAGCGAUGCCAAAAGGAAGCACGUUCAAAGAGGGUGACGAAAUUUCAUGUAUCUUUCGAGCCAAAUGGGGAAGCAAAAAGAUUGCCACAGAGGUGAAAGCAAAAGAAGUUAACAAGUUCCACACUCAAUAUUCUGCCAUAAUUGUCGCACAAAUGGUCAACUUGGAGAAGAGGAAAAAGACGGACGAUGAGAAAAAGAAGACAGGUGCCACGAAGGCCUAAUAUCAUUUUUUUUGUUUCUAGAUCCAAUUCCACUGGUUGUAGUCCUCUGGGCUUUCCAUUGUAUUUCAUCCUCAUUUUCCUGAAAAUUGCUUCCCAGCCCUUCUUUACCUUCCAUUUUCCACAUAAUUUAUUGAAUUGUGAUUUGUUUUCUAUUGUAUUCGUUAAGUUUAUCUGCACCUCAUUUCAUUUUCAAAUUCCUCUCUUUUGCGGAUUUUUCAGUCAGAAAUUCAAAUAGUUUAUUGAAUGAAUCACAGUGAUCAAAAAA